AGUCAGGUUUCGCUUGACACGUCAGUACGAGGUCCUCAUCAGAGAUCCCUCUAGUCUAUGACCAGCAUCUUCUCUCAGCACCACACCCUCCCUCACCCGCACCGCUGACAAUGUCUUCAGCAGCGAACAAGCACCACUCCGAGGCGGCCCACGCGCCAGUGAUGCUUCAGGGGUUCGAGUGGAACACGCCAGCUGGAGGUAAUCACUGGCAAUGGUUGAGAGACAAUGCUGCGCGAUUUGCCGCCAUGGGCAUCACUGCGAUCUGGAUCCCACCUGCCACCAAGGGAGGUAAUCAGGAUGGCACAGGGUACGACAUUUACGAUAUGUGGGACCUGGGAGAGUUCGAAAAGAAGCCGGGAGAAGGAGACGGGACGAGAACGAAGUAUGGUACCAGACAACAGCUCGAGGAGUGCAUUGGCGCGCUCAAGCAGCACCACAUUGUCGUGUACAUGGACCUGGUCUGGAAUCACAAAGAUGGAGCCGAUGGGACAGAGAAUUUCAAAGCUAUCAAGGUGGACUCCGAGAAUCGUUCCAAGGAUAUCUCUGAGCCGAUAGAGAUCGAGGGAUGGACCAGCUUUACAUUUCCCGGUCGUCAAGCGAAGCACAGCGGAUUUCAAUGGAGCUUCAACCACUUUACGGGGGUAGACUAUGAUAACAAGUCUGGAGACAAGAGCAUCUACAGGAUCGUGGGCGAAGGAAAAGAUUGGGCGGAUGAUGUAGAUGAGGAAAAGGGUGGAUUCGACUUUUUGCUAGGAGCGGAUAUCGAUCAUGCUCAUCCAGAUGUGCGGGAGGAAUUCACGAGGUAUGCCAAGUGGCUCGUCAGAACAUUUCCAAUUGCCGGAAUGCGCUUCGACGCCGUAAAGCACUUCUCCCGCACCUUUUUGGCAUCCAUGGUCAAAAUCAUGCGCGAAGAAGCUCGGCAUGUAAGGAAGGAAGCUGGCAAGGAGCCCUUUGAGGAGACAGAUGGGCCAUGUCUCUUUGCAGUUGGCGAGCUCUGGAAAGACUCUAUCGAGACGAUUGUGCAUUACGUGACAAAUUUUGAAGGAGAGCAGAUGAGUUUGUUUGAUGCACCUCUUCAUUACAAUUUCAAGGAGGCUAGCGAUGCAGCGGAGAAUUUUGAUUUGAGGAAAGUUCUGGAUGGCACGAUGAUGCAAAAAAGACCCAUCGAUGCUGUCACCCUCGUCGAGAAUCAUGAUACGCAACCCGGUCAAUCGCUGGCGUCGCCGAUUUCUGCUACCUUCAAGCCUUUGGCGUAUGCUCUAAUUCUUCUUCGCGCCGAAGGAUAUCCCUGCGUAUUCCUCGGCGAUCUGGAUGGCUGCCACGCCGAAGGAGACUCUCAACCUUCUGUGCCCAAGAUGAACGAUCUGGACAAGUUUAUCAAGGCGAGAAAGUACUUUGGCGCUGGUGAACAGAGGGAGUACUGGGAUCAUCCCAAUUGUAUCGGAUGGGUCAGGACGGGGGCGGGCGAGAAUGGUGGAUGUGCUGUGGUCCUAUGCAAUGGAAGUGGAGAUGGAGAGAAGAGGAUGGAAAUCGGCAAGGUGCGCUUUUGAGUCUCUGUUGCUGCCCUGCUGCAGCGCUGCGUUGACCGUCCAUCCAACUUGGCGUGCUGCAGGACCACGCAGGAGAGAAGUGGAUAGACGUGA